CCGCUUGUUUCGACGACUAAUUCCGGUUCCCUCUACUUAUUCCGAUCUUUCUUCCCUCUAACUUAACUCUCCAUCUUUCAUUUUGUAACCAACCUUUUUUUUCCCGAUCAAGGUUAUUUGCUCGACGAUUGAUUUUUGAAGAUCAUCAGUCUGCACAGAAUAAUAGUUGCCGUCAGCAGUAGCGGUAUUACCAUCAUUAUCAACAUUCAUUUUACUUUUAACCUCGACACAAAAGAACAACAGCAGGAAGAAAACCAGUUAAUUUGGUCACGUAUAUUACUGGUAGGAAAGCGGUGAACAAGUUUAUUUUUUUUUUGAAAUCACCACUUUUACUAUUAUUAUUAUUAUUAUUAUUAGUAGUAGUAGUAUUUAGUAUUUCCUUAUCAAAACGACAUCAGCAGCAGUAGGAGCAGCGACGACCAUUGUCAGUGCUAGCAGCAGCAGCAGCAAUAUCAGGUGCCGCACUAGUGUCGGUACUAGCAGCAGCAGCACUAGUGUUUUCACUAGUGACAACAACAGCAGCAGCAGUUAUAAAAAAGCCUAUAAAAGCAAGCACCAGCAAUAUCGACACUGCCACCACCUUUACUACUUUCCACCACUCAACAACCAAGUGUACCGAAAGAGACGAUUACACUACUAAAAACACUCCUACUAAAGUAGUGUUUGUUUUAGGAGGAGUGGUGGUGGCGGCGACGACGACGUAGUAGCAAGCAGCAGCAGCAGCAGCCAGAAGAAGAAGAAGACGGCUACCAGGACGAAGUAAUAGGAGCUCGUGUCGCUCCCUUCUUCAGCUGUUGCCAACCGCCAUAUUUUAUUUUAUCUCUUUAUCCUUUCUGUUGUCGUCGACGUUUUUAUGUCAUUGCAUCAAGACGAGUUAUCAUUGUGCCUAUUGAGCACGAGAACUAAGUGUUCGACCAGAAGUAAAUCCGAUCAAGGUUUUAUGAAUUUCUCCACGGUUUGGAGCCAUUGGCGCUAUCCUGAUAGUAGCAUCCAUCGUAAACAUAAGUGUCACAAAAAUCAAUCGGAAUGGCUUGCGUUAACGUCAACACCAAUGUGUCUGACCAGUUUUAUCGCUAUAAGAUGCCUCGUCUCAUAGCAAAAGUAGAAGGGAAAGGAAAUGGUAUUAAAACAGUUGUUGUCAACAUGCCAGAGAUUGCCAAAGCUCUCUCAAGGCCCCCAAAAUAUCCUACCAAGUAUUUUGGCUGUGAACUUGGCGCCCAAACACAAUUUGACUUGAAAAAUGAUCGCUACAUUGUUAAUGGUGCACAUGAAGCUAUUAAGCUGCAGGGAUUACUUGAUGGAUUCAUUAAGAAAUUUGUGCUUUGUCCACAAUGCUCUAAUCCAGAGACCAAUUUGGUUAUUUUAUCCAGAAAGCAGCUUAUCUUGCAACGUUGUAUUGCAUGUGGAUACCAAGGUCCCGUUGAUAUGAAUCAUAAGCUUACUACAUUUAUCUUGAAAAACCCACCUGAUCAGGAUAAUCAAGCUCAAGCAACAUCUAAAAGCAAAAAGUCAAAGAAGUCAAAGAAACAAGAGAGUGUGAAUGGUGAUUGUAACAGUCCUGAAGCUAAUGCACAAGAACAAAUGGCUGCUCAGCGUGCAAGUGGAGGAGAUAUUCUGGCACCUCCUGAGGCCCAAGAUGCUGGUGAUGAUGAUGAUUGGACUGAAGAUUUUAGUGAAGCAGCUGUCAGGGAACGUAUGAGAGAUUUGACAUCGGCAGCUAAAGGGCUUACCUUAACAGAUGAUCUUGAAAAGACCCAAGAAGAAAGAAUGAACAUUCUCUACAACUUUAUCAAACAAAAGCAUGAAUCUAAAACCCUUGCUGGUGCUGACAAAGAUAUCCUUGCUGAAGCUGAACGUCUUGAGAUCAAAGAGAAAUGUCCUACAAUCCUGGUUGAAUUGCUUUUUAAUGCAGACAUUUUAAAACAAAUUAAGGAACACAAGAAACUCCUCUUAAGGUUUUGCAAUGAUAGUCCAAAAGCCCAAAAAUAUCUGUUGUCUGGUAUUGAAAUUCUUGUUGGUAAAAUCCACAAGGAUGUUCUUAUGUCAAAGGUUCCACAUAUAUUAAAGACACUGUAUGAUGAAGAUAUACUGGAUGAAGAUGUGAUACUAAAAUGGGCUGCUAAGCCAACUAAGAAUCAUGUGUCCAAGUCGGUGGCUGAGGACAUCAGGGAGAAAGCAAAGCCAUUUAUCAAGUGGUUGGAAGAAGCUGAAGUUGAAGACUCUGAUAAAGAUGGGUCUGAUGAUGAAGAGAUUGCCUAUUCUGCUACUGAGGUAGUUUCUAUGUCUGAACCAAAGAAUGUGGAUGAUGAUGAUGAUGAGAGUGGAGCAGAUAUUGAUAUUGAUGCCAUUUGAAAUCUUCUGGUCAUUGCUUACUUAGAACAUUUUAAAAUUUUGUUUCUGGGAAUAUUUUGUGCAGAUAAUACUUUUUUCAGGUCGAGUAACUUAUGAUAAAAGCAUGCCAAAGAAAACUAUAUAAAUACAUUGACAAGAAGUCUACAUUUUGUAAGGCUUUCAAUGAAGCAACUGCAAACUGCACCAGUUUAAUAAAGGGCGUAGGUAAUAAUUAUAUUAAUCAUAUUUUCAUUUGGUGCAUAUUUCAAAUUUUAAGGAUAAUAUGCGAGGGUUAUUCCCAAGUUAAAUUUUCUUUUAGUGUAUUAAUUUUUUUCUCUAAUUUAAAAAUAUGGAUAUUGUUGUUUAUCUUUUGGCUAUUCUAGAAAUGUUUGUUGUUGGAUAGAGCUCUUCAUUGAAUCAACAUAUAUCAAAACAUGAAGUACAAUUUUAGAAGUGAACUAGAUUUUUAAAUGCGUCAAGAGCCCUAACAAUUACUGCUUCCAUUUCAUUUUGACAAAUGUUCUUUGCUAAUAUUGUCUCUACAGGUUGUGAACAUGUAUAUUGGUAAGACCUGUUGACUCGUACGAAUAAAAUAUUACAUAUUGUA